ACCCGAGAAAGUGGCCCAAUCGCCCUCCUUUCCCAGUCACCUGAUUCAUGCCAUUUUUACGCACAAGUUUGACUGACAAAAAAAAAAUCGGAAUUGGCCUAUCGGCAACCUCAGCACAGAAAUACACCCUUUUGUAAGAAGAUUAAAAAGACUCGGGAUAGAAAUCAAAGGUUAGAUGCAGCCAGCGCACGGUGCUGUGAGGCGUUUGCGGUUGGAUGUCUGCAUAGAUUCAGAGGAGAAACCGGGUGAAGAAGAGGAGAGAGAGAGAGAGAGAAAAAAAGGGAAAAGGACAUUUUUUUAUAUCGUCUUUGAAAAAUGAGUCAGUCAUAGGGGAUGCCGCAUAGAUUUGAUAAUAAUCACCGGUAGUCUUUCGAUUAUUGUAUUUCGGAUUCAACCCUCGUACAGGCGCAUCUCACCUUUGGCAGCGGCUAUUUCAGGGAUACAUUACAGCUUACUGUACAUUGUCGUAUAUUAUUAUAGUAAGCUGCUUUUGAUGCAGGCCGCUCUGAUUAUAUAUUUGAUUUUUGCAGCUUCUUUAUAUAUAGCCUAAUUUAUAUUAUUUCUGCAGCCGGUUCAUUCUGAUGCCUUCGACUGAAUAUUAAAUGGUUCCCUGGAUGUGACCGUCUUAUGUUUUAUUUGGCCGCCGCAUGAAUUCUCCCACCGGAUCCUCGUCGGUGUACGCUGCUGUCCUCCUCCUCCACCUCCUCCUCCUCCUCCUGCUGCUGCUGCUGCUGCUGCUCAGACGGCCGAUCCUCGCAGAGGGCACUACCCUCCUCCCCGCCGCUAAAGACAUUUUGAUCGUCCUCCCCGGUUCCCCCCGCCCCGACUCGACCAUCACUCCGCCUGCCUCCACCGUAACAUGUCGGGACAGUCUUUGACGGACCGGAUCGCCGCCGCGCAGCACAGCAUGACCGGGUCUGCCAUCAGCAAAGCCGUCUGCAAGGCCACGACGCAUGAAGUCAGCGGACCCAAGAAGAAACACCUUGACUACCUGAUCCACUGCACCAAUGAGCUGAACGUCAGCAUCCCCCACCUGGCAGACACACUGCUGGAGCGCACAGCCAGCAACAGCUGGAUUGUGGUUUUCAAAGCGCUCAUCACCACACACCACCUCAUGAUGUACGGCAACGAGAGAUUGAUGCAGUACCUUGCCUCCAGAAACACCCUCUUCAACCUCAACAACUUUCUAGAUAAGGCUGCACUACAAGGGUAUAACAUGUCAACCUUCAUCAGACGCUAUAGCCGCUACCUGAAUGAAAAAGCCAUGUCUUACAGACUAGCAGCAGUGGACUUCACCAAGAUGAAGCGAGGGGCGGACGGUGUAAUGCGCACCAUGAACACAGAGAAGCUGAUCAAAACUCUGCCAAUCAUUCAGAACCAGCUGGAUGCACUGCUGGACUUUCAGCCUAAUUCCAACGAGCUGACCAACGGAGUGAUCAACACGGCUUUUAUGUUGCUGUUUAAAGACUCCAUACGGUUGUUUGCUGCUUACAAUGAAGGGGUCAUCAACAUGCUGGAGAAAUACUUUGACAUGAAGAAGAACCAGUGCAAAGAAGCUUUGGAGAUCUACAAGACCUUCCUCAACAGGAUGACCAAACUGUCCGAGUUUCUCAAAGUGGCUGAGCGAGUUGGGAUAGAUCAGGGCGACAGCCCCGAUCUCACACAGGCUCCCAGCUCUCUCCUGGAGGCUCUGGAGCAGCAUCUAGCCUCUCUGGAGGGCAGGAAGCUCAAGGACCUCUCUACCGCCAGCAGAUCCAGCACUCUGUCCAGUGCAGUGUCUUCUCUCUCCAGCACUGGGAUCUCUCUCAGCCGUAUGGACGACAAGACAGAGGACAACAGACUGCAGCAACACAAGGAGGACGGUCAUAAGGUGAUUGACAUUCAGACGCCCAAUGUGUCACCCAGCACCCAGUCAGUGGGCAGUGCCAACAGCAGCGGAGGAGCAACAGAUCUCUUCUCCAACUCACCCAUUGUACCCAUCAACAAUCAUGUGCCAAACCUGACCAGUGAGCUGUUCACCCUGCAGCCUAACUUCACCCCCAUCCAGACCACACACACUGUGCCCAACAAUAACAAUGCCUGGGGAGGUGACCUACUGAAGCCAGCCCCGCCCGCUCAAAUUCACAGCCCUGGAGUCCCAUUGCACUCUGGGAAAAUGCUGCCUAAUGAUUUGGACUCUUCAUUAGCCAACCUCGUUGGUAAUCUGCAGUUUGGGGGGACGCCAGCUAAAAAGCCGGAGCUCCAGUGGAGUCAGCUGGUAGAGAAGAAGCCAACAGGAGGAAGUGGCUGGCAGUCAAAGACCAUGUGCACCAGCACCAACUGGACUCACACCACCCAUCCCAUGGCACCUGCACCCAUGCCCGUCCCUCAGAUGAAUGGGAUGAUCUAUACUGGCUAUGCUCCAGCACCAGUGGCUUUUCCUAUGACGACACCCCAAGUGCCUGUGUAUGGAAUGCUCCCUCCUCAGAUGAGUCAUCAAAUGGGGGGCGUUCCCAUGAUGCCCCCGCAGCCUGUCAUGUACAACCAGCCUGUCCUGAGACCCACCAAUCCCUUCGGACCCAUCCCGGGGACACAGAUGCACUUCAUGUAGGGAUGAUGUUGUAACCAUGGCAGCAAAGCCGAGAGAGAGAAGGCGAGAGAAAAAGAGAUGGAGAGAAAGAGUUGAAGAAAACAAAUCCAGAACCAAAUCCAGUGCAGGAGGAAGAAAGAGGACAGAGGGGGAGCGAGAGAAAGAGGGAGGGGAGAGGAAGACGGAGAGAGGACGGAUGAAAGAUGAAAUGCUGAUGUCUGUUUUCUGUGUCGCCUGACCCUCUAAUCUCCUCUCCUCUCUCCAUGUGGUUACUGAUCUCUCUGUCUUUGAAUCUAUAAUGCCGGAGCACCAGAGGCUCUGCAUCAAUCCCCACUAAUCCUCUGUUUGAUUUGCCAAUUCGGCGAUUACGACCUGUGAUGACGCUACGAAGACUGACAGCUCAACGGAAGUGCAGAAGCUCCAUCGCCACUUCCUGACCUCCUCAUCCAGAAAUAUUUCCUGUACAAAAACCUCCUCCCCUAACUUACCCACUUCCCCUCUCCAUCCCGUAACUGAAUCAAACUCGGAGGACACGCGUCUCUUUCUCUGAUUGGAUCGUUUGCUGGCACUUUACUCAAUGUGAACUUUGCCAAGGGUGUGUGUCUGUGUUGGUGAUUCUUGCAUCUUGUUCAGAUUGGUUCAUUCCAUCACCUGAUGUCAGAAGUUAUCGAUUUGUAUGCGUGUGCGUGCGUGAGUGCGUGCGUGUCCCUUUUUUUACAUUUCAGUGUGCUGCAUCAACAUUACUCUUUAAGUCUUUUUAUGAGCUCCAUUUGUUCUUAAUUGCCAACUUCACAUCAAGAAUCAGACGUGGAACGAUAAUUUGGGGGCACGCUUGUGUGCGGGUGGAUGGACGUAGCUGUGUAGGGUAUGUACUGUAUGUGUUUCUCUUUUUGGUACCUGAUGUCAUUGCUGUGUUGCCAGGUACCAAUGUGUUACUGCACUGGAACUACUGAUGAAAGCACUGAGCCAGACCCAGGCAUUGCAUUUGGAUGUAAACAAACCUCUUAGACUAACUUUGCUACUUGGGGACGUGCUGUACACACUGUGUAUUUUGUUCUUUCUUUUCCCCGCCUCCUCUACAGCUGUGCAAUAUCAUGCAACCUCGUUAAUGUCUUUUCCACCUGUCCGUAGACUGUUUAGAAGCUGUUUCCUGCUGUAGUGAUGUACUUCUUGUGUCCACAUCAGGAUUCUGUACAGAAUGCUGUUUUUCUUUUUUUGUUUGUUUUAUAACCUCUUCUAACUCCUGUUCUGUUAUACUGCUCUAAAAGUAGUGAAAAAUGCACUGAGAGCCAGACAGAGGUGAUAUUCGUAAGGAGGUGAUUCUCGGUCUUGCCAAUCAGAAACGGUCUAACUCCCAACUGUAUGAUGUCCUCCCUGUCCUGUCCAAAAUUAGUCUCUUGUGAAGUCCUUCAUACUCCAGAAAAACUUGAUAUGGGUAAUUACCGCAGUAUGUCUCACCUCCACUUGGAGGUAUUUAAGACAAUGCUAACAUGGAAAGAGGUUUGUUAAUGUAGUGUUAACAUUUAUGCACAGGACAUCUAAAGGUCAGUCAGAGGAGUUAAAUGAGGACUAGACUGCCUGAAAGAAACUGAGGGUAAUGUCUGCCGAUCACAACCCUGGUAAUGCCUGCAGUGACGACACACAGAUUAAUUCAGACAGCCAGAGACGGGAGGCUUUAAUGAGACGUUAAAUGUUAAUGUGGCUUUUCUGGCAGAUCCAAGGUCAAGUUAGACCCACAGACAGUCGAUAUAUAUAGCACAAACCUUCGAAGAGGGGACAAUGCUCUGCU